UUUACUGCGAGUUAGAUAGCUGUUUGUCUCACUGGGGACGUUGGCUUCUAGGUAAGUGCUGUAUGUAUGUACGUAAGUAUGUACCUAGUUCCCUGUCAAGUGGGGUGGGUGGGAAUGGAUACAGUAGUAGCUGCCAGGCUGCAUUCAUCCGCCGUUAAAUUUUCUGUCUGUAGGCGGGUAAGUACUUACUAGACAGACACUGAGAACAUUCAGAUUGCAAUCUUGUCAAUUAUCCCACUACCAGGUAUAACCUAUCGUCAAAGUCAUGGAAAACAGCCCGUCCCCCUUCGACAUCCCUUUCGACGAGCUCCCCAACCCGAAGCAAGUAUGGGUGGGAGAGCCGGGCAGCCGCGCGGAGGGACUGGGGAAGCUUGUCAUCCUGACCCCCGAAGUGGUGGCAAAGGCCGCUGCAACGGAAAUCAAGACCGGGCGGCGCGUGACAAUGGGCUGGGAACUGACGAAGCUGGACUAUCCCAAUCUGAAUCGACAGCCAUGUCAGCACCAGAUCGUUCCGCUGCUGGGCGGAGUGGCGUUUGAUGAUAUCUACACGAUGAAUCCUCAGCAGAGUAGUCAGUGGGACGGUCUCCGGCACUUCUCGCAAACCGUCCCCGGUGAAACCGAGCGUGUGUUCUACGGCGGCACGAAAACCGCGGAAAUCACAGACCGGAUGAGCGAUCGGAUAGGCUUGCAGCAUUGGGCGCGGGAGGGAAUCGCUGGUCGCGGGGUAUUGAUCGACUACGCCACAUGGGCAGAGAAGAGAGGUGUAGAGUACAGCACCUUUUCGACACAUCAGGUCCGGCUUUCAGAUAUACUAGAGAUAGCCAAAGAAUGCGAUAUUGUCUUCCAGAAGGGAGACAUCCUUUUCGUCCGCAUCGGGGUGACCCAGGAAUGGGACACCGUGAUGACCGAUGCUCAGAAACAGCAGUAUUCCGAUAACCCGAGCCCGGAACACGCUGGAGUCGAGGCCUCUACUGAGGUGCUCCGGUGGCUGUGGAACACAGGGUUUGCUGCGAUCGCUAGCGAUGCGAUCAGUUGGGAGGUCUACCCACCGCAGUCGCCCGAUAUAUUCCUGCAUGAAUAUGUGCUCGCUGGUUGGGGGAUGCCAAUUGGUGAGCUGUUCGAUCUGGAGGCGCUAGCGAAAACCUGUCAAGAUCUUCAAAGAUGGUCGUUCUUUGUGGCUUCCAUACCUCUCAACAUGCCGGGGGGCGUGUCUUCGCCUCCGAAUAUCAUGGCUAUUUUUUAGACUCAUCACCCGGACGGGUGAGACU